AAAAAUUCAUGCCAAAUAAAAAAAAAAAAAAAUCAAAAUAAUAAAAAAGGGAGGAGUUUUUAAUUUUUUUUUUUUAUUUAUUUAUCUUCUUUCUUUAAUCUAUAAAAGCUCAUUAUGCAACCUGAAGAGAAUUCAACUGUGAAUGCACGACAAAGUGUGGAAGAUCAAUUGAAUGAAUUGUUACAAGAAUUAUUUGAACUAAGUGUGAUUGUCUAUGAUUUUCAACCGGAUGGCAACAAACUAGUAUGGAAGAAAAUUAACAGCAUUAUCGAACAUUAUAAAGACAUUGACCAUUUAAAAGAUGACAUUGAUUCAUUUAUCCCUGAAGAAGUCAUAAAUUUCGUCGAGCACGGUAAAAAUCCAGAUAUUUUCACACAGGGUUUUGUUGAACGAGCAGCAACAGAGAACCAAUUUACCAACGGUAAAAUCAAGGCUGUCAACGAAUUUAAAAGUAUCUUGUCAGACGAGUUUUCCAAAUCCUUUCCCGACCUUUAUGAUUCCACGCCUUAAUAAAACAAAAGUGUCACACAGCAUUAGAAUUUUAUACAGAGUUAUAUACAUGUGGGAAGUGCUGUACUUUUUAAUUGGAUUUCCGCGCGCUAAACACAACCACAAGCCACUUCAAUGGCAGCUCAUAGGGGGCCCUUUUUCACUCUUUUUUUUUUUAUUUUUUUUUUUUUUCCAUCUUCUUAUUUGAACCAUCAGAAUGAAGUUGACUGCCGAUUUAAUAAAUAAC